AUGCCGCGCGACACAAACAAGGAAGAAGACGACAUCGCCAAGAGGGCGUCUUGCCGCCUGCCUCAGGAGCCCGGCGUCUUUGACGAGCGGCUCUUCAAGCCGUCGGCAGCCCCACCCACCAUGGGACCAGCACCGCCUCAGGAGGAGCUACCCCCAGCACCCCUCUCAGGUGCCCCCGCUUGCGGUCCAACCUCGGGAGCCCGUCUGCUCCUCGUGUUCGAGCCUCAGGAGGGGUGCUGGACUGAGGAGUUCAAGGCGUACCUGCUCCAGGGGACCCUGCCGGCGAAGGAGGAAGACGCGGAGCGCGUGGCUUGCCAGGCCACUACCUACUGCAUUCAGGACGGUGAGCUCUACCGAAAGCGGCCAAACGACGUCUCUCUGCGGUGCAUCUCCAGGGAGCUAGGACACGAGCUGCUGAGUUGGAAAUUUUCUCCUCUUACUUCGCUCGCCUCUAAGUCUUGCCCCCAGAAGAGCGGCAGUUGCCCGUCGCUCCUCCUCGCGCGUCCCGCGCGCGGGGGCUAG